UGCGCGCCCGGCCGGCUGCACUGGGGCUGGGCGCGUGGCUGCUGCCGAGCUCCGCGCGGGGGAGAGCCUCCCGGCGCCGGCCAUGCGGGGAGUUGCUGAAGUAAAGGAACCCUGCAACCUCCCCAUGCUAUCUGUUGACAUGGAAAACAAGGAAAAUGGCUCUGUCGGUGUAAAAAAUUCCGUGGAGAAUGGGAGGCCACCUGAUCCUGCUGACUGGGCCGUGAUGGAUGUCGUCAAUUAUUUCCGAACAGCAGGAUUUGAGGAGCAAGCCAAUGCAUUUCAGGAACAGGGAUGGCAUCACGUGAGCACCACCGACACUGGCAGGCAGAAGGAGCUGAAGCAUCUUAUUCAGACAUCCUUCAUUGGAGGAAAGGAGUGCCAUCUUGCUUCUGCAACUCUGAAGCCUGAGAUGAAUUCCCAGGGGGCUGGAGAUUUGCAAGCAUGGUCUUAAAGCUUGAGUUCCUUCAUUCUUAUGGAAAGGUAAUUGUGUGGGAAGAAGGCUGCCUUAAAUUAUUCUCCAGAAGUGCUUCAACUCUUUUUUUUGGACAUUCUCAUUGUCUUUCCUCUUGUCAUUAAAGGAGGUAGAGGGCAAGGUGGGACCCACUGGCCUGGCUCAGGCUGAUAAGACAAGCAGCUGCUGUGAUCUCCAUGAGGACUAAGGAUCAGGACCCUCUCCUAUGUUAACUUGCCUUUUCCAUCACCAUGCUUCACAGGCCUUCAGUGUUUCAGCUCCAACGAUAUUCCUGGCAAUGAACCUCAAGCAGUCACCAGUCACUCACCAAGUCCACCUCAGGUGGGUGGACUGCAGGCCACCUGAAGCCCAAACACAUGACCCUUUCAGGCACUUCUAGGUCACAGCAACUGAGAAAUAGUAAGAAUGGCUGCAUCCUUAAAUCUCCUUAGCGUAGGCUUUGCCCUGCCAUUUGAUGGAAACAGGGAUGCGAACAUCCCCUAAACCACCCCAGAAAGGGAAGCACAGCUGCCAAAGGUAGCACGUCUCAGUGGACGUGAGUGCUUAGUUUAAUGGCUCUUAUGGAUGGAGUAUUUGUGUCCCACCAAAAAUUCAUAUUGAAGCCUUACUCCCAAUGUGAUAGUAUUUGGAGGUGGGGCCUUUGGGAGAUAGAUUUAGAUGAAGUCAUGAGGCCGGAACCCUCAUGAUGGGAUUAGUGCCCUGAAUGGAGGGGACCAGAGAGCUUGCUGUUUCCCUCUGUGCCAUAUGAGAGUCCAGUAAGAGCGCAGCCAUCAGUAAGAUAGGAAGAGGGCCCUCAUCGGUAGCCUGACUGCAUUGGCUCUUUGGACUUUCAGCCUCCAGACUGUAAGGAAUAAAUUUCUGAUGUUUAAGCCAUCUAAUCCAUGGUGUCUGUGAUAGCAGCCUCGAUGACUGAACACUGACACAGACACUAGACAUGUCCACUGACGUCCACUUUCAGGAGAGUGUCUGUCUCACAGACAUUACUGGUACAGGUUCAUAGUACAUCACUAGAUAUUCUGUUUUUGUUGCAACCAGACUCCAAGAUGGCUUUCUAGAAGCAUUUUCCCAUGGAAGAUGUCAGGCCAUUAAGCGAGAUUUGUCCUAACUGCUGGAGUGGUGUCCUGUGUUCCUGUGGAUCAACCUGGCGAUCUUUGUGUAGCCUCCUUUUCUCUGUGAAGGCACUGACACAGAACAAUUACCUCCAUCAGUUUUUCUUCUGACAAACCUCUUUUGAGCCUCUGUGUGAGCUAUAGGUACAGACCCAAAGAAUUUUCAUGAAGGAAGACCCAGGCCCCUGCACAGCUACCUCCCCACCCUUGCACCAACGACCCAGUGUCAAUGAUUUGUGUAUUUGGGGCUGUAUUACUGUUCCAGCCAUUCCCCUUUCAUGACCAAGGAUGUCAUUCUUCUGCAUCCCACUGGCCUCAUUAACAUGAACUCCAGAGGACUCACUGGCCCCUAAGAGCAGAAGGCAGUGGGAUCCCACCCUAGAGAAGUCAGUGAUUAUAGCAUUGUCAGAAUUCUCUCUCUCUCCCAUGGACACAAGGGUGUGGUAGUUGUUUCCCCAGGUGUCUUCCCUCAGACAGACCCCUUCCUUAGGCUCUGGUGAAGGGCGUGAGUGAGAUCAUGACUCCUGGUUUCUUUCCUCCUGGUUGACUUGUGGUCAUCAAAUGACCUGCAGACUUUGCCUUUCUAGGACUCCAGUGUUUAUGAAGUGAAUGUUAAGAAUCGAAAUAUUGCUGGAGUUCCCAUCGUGGCUCAGUGGUUAAUGAAUCUGACU